AACUGGGAAGCAGAACGGAGUAAUCUUGAGGCGCAGAUGCAACAGCUCACUGCUGAAAGGGCCGAAUUAACUGUUUACAAGGAAGAACUGCUUGGAUACCUGGAAAAAUCUAAAGCCGCAGAGGAAAAAUCAGACAAGGAAGAAAAUGAACGCCAUCUUGGUGAGCUCACCCGCGAAAUUGUCAAGCUGCGAAUUAAUGAGGGUGUUCUUAUGCGAAAAUAUACCUCAGUCAGUGACCAACUGGUCAGCUUGGAGCAGGAAAGGAACCGGCUCAGAGGUGAUCUCAUUCAUCACGAAUCUGCGUGUAUGGCUAGAGUGGGCUACUAUUCUCGUCUCAAGGAAAUAUCAGCUUUUCAAUUUGAUCAACUACAAAAACAGUUGAACGGUACGGUUUCGGUCGGCGAGUUGUUCACACUCAGACGCCAAUUUGACGAACUGACCGCCAAAUACCGGGAGUUACUGGAACUGCAGGUCAGGGCCGACGUUGUGAAGUCGGCUUCUGGCGAAACACAGGCGCGUUUUCAAAGGCUGGCAGAGGAACAUGAAGCCGUGAAGGCCCAAUUGGUCGUGGCAAAAGAACGUGUAUAUAUACUGGAGUCCUCAUGGAUGGCUGUCGGCAAAAAGUCACGCCUUACUGUUUUAAUAAAACCACCUAAAGGUGCUUGGUUCAUUCUUGGGUGA